AUGGAUAGAAACAAAGUGAACUAUGCUUUGAUUGAAGAUGCUAGUAAAAGAAAAGUCUCAUAUAAUAAAAGACUAAAAGGGUUCUUGAAAAAAUCUGAUGAACUGAAAACACUUUGUGAUGUUGAAGUGGCUACAGUCAUAUAUGGCCCUUACAGAAAUGAACCAUAUACAUUUCCAAAUAAUGUUGUUCUACGCAACACUUUUAUAGAGUUUAAGGAGUUGCUGACGUUGGAGAGAUCUAAAAAAAUGGUGACAAGAGAAAAGUUCACCAUGCAAAGGAUCAAGAAGUUGGAGGAACAACUUCAAAAGGUAAGGAAGGAAAAUACAGUCAAGGAAAUGACAAAUGUGAUGUAUGAGGUGUUCAACAGAAAAAAUGUUUCUGCUGACAUGAACCUUUCCGAUCUCAACGACCUACGUUGUGUAAUCAAGAAAAAUCUCAAAAAGGUACAUGAACUAAUAGAUAAAGAGGAUGAUGGAGAGGGUUCUACAUCGAAUGUCCCUCAACCCAUUGUUGAACCAAUGGCACCCAGUAGGAACAACUCUGAAGAACCAAGGGAUCCGUCUCCUCUAUUGUUUUCACAAAUGUUUCCUCCAAUGGUUCCACAAUUGUUUUCUUCAAUGCCGCAUCACAUAGCUAUUGGAAGACCACAUGGAUUGACCCCUCCAAUGCCGUCAACAAUAAUGGAUUCUCCGAUUCCUUCACCAAUGAUGGAUUCUUUGAUGCCUUCACCAAUGAUUGAUUCUCCGAUGCCUUCAUUAAUGAUGGCUCCUCCAAUGUAUUUUCUUGUGUCUCCUACAAUGACACAUCAAAUGGAACCUACAAUGGAUAUCCCUUCAAUUGGUGUAUCAACGUCAAUGUAUAACAAUCAGAAUUCCUCUGUUGACUUACCAGAUAGUCCUACAAUUUCUGGGUUUCUCAACUGGAAUGAUGAUGUUGUGAUGACUUUAUUGGAUGAUCCGCCACCUAGACUUCCACCACAGCACUUCCAGGGUAAUAGAUUUGAUCGUCAGGAACAGUCAGGCCCAGCUGAGGGUUCACGAGCAUCAGGCUCGCAACAACAGAGGGGUUCAGGCCAAUCUAGGACAGCCCCACCGCAUUGCACUACCUUCGGUCAGGGUGGUAUAGGUCAGUUGACCAGGUCAUCAGUAGGUUCCUCCUCAUCAGCACAGUCUACAGGGCAUGGACCCCAGACUUCAGCAUGUAGAGGUAGAGGUGGAGGCAGAGAGGGAGCAUCUAGUUAUGGUAGUGGACAGAACCGAGAGGCAGUUCGGGAAUGGAAAGGUGAUACAGCAGUGCCGAAAGCUUUCUUAGGCCAUAUUGUAGCUUCAAUUUCAGCCCCAUUAAUGAAGCUGACUCAAAAAGCAGCUAAGUUCCAGUAG